AUGUCGGCCUGCUGCUCUGGUGGACUGUCAUCCGUGAAGGACGCCAUCACAGCCAUCCUCUCCCCAACGCAUCUGUGUGUUGCAUCCCCAACUGUGCCUCCCCUACACUCUGAGCAUUUCAAACCCUGCCACGAGAAGGACUUGGCCUACUGCCUCAAUGGUGGCGAAUGCUUUGUCAUCGAGACACUCAGUGGGCCCCACAAGCACUGCAAGUGUCGAGAAGGCUACCAAGGAAUCCGCUGUGACCAGUUUCUGCCCAAGACUGAUUCCAUACUUUCAGACCCAAUUGACCAAUUGGGCAUCGAGUUUAUGGAGAGCAAAGCUGUGUACAAGAGACAGGUGCUGUCAAUCACAUCCAUCGCCAUGGCAAUCAGUCUUCUGGGAACCCUGUGCAUGGCCCUCUACUGCCGCAACAAGAGGCGCAGGGAGAAACUCCAGGCGCACCUGAAGGAAAGUCGCAUUUUGAAAAACUACACGGCUAAUUCCACCAAUCCUCUAGAAGCCAAGAUGAGGGUCCCAAACGGCAACCUGCAAAUGCAUGAGUAUUGCAAGCGUCCCCCUACGGUUCGCCAGGGAGACGUUUGUGAGUCCAGCUUUGCACGCUGCAGCAUCACUGCCCUGCCUCCCAGCUGCUCCAGAGGCACAGCUAAACAUCACAGAAACGCCUCCUUGUCCCACAGCCCUGACCAGAGGACGCGGCCCGCUCAUUGGUCAGCUCCACGCAGGACCCCACCUAUACCUAGAGGAAGGCUAAACCCAAUCGGAGGAUCCAAGUUUUCAGGGCCUGCCUACGAACACCUUCAGGAAAUAGAUCCCUCUGAAAAAGAAGCAGAAGCACAAAAAGGAGUUUACACCCAGGAGGAGAACCAGGGGUGUGACACCAAACAAGAUGCCUUUGUACAUAUGCAAACUCCUGUUUCCAUGGAGACGCCGUCGGCGCUGCCUUCGGGCAGUCGCACGGAAGUGCGCUCCCCUCCGCAAAACAAUCACAGCCUAAGGAGGCCCGGCCGCCGCCGCAGCCUCUCCCCUCCUCCCCCGUUUCGUUCCUGCUCCAUCCCCAUCAUUCCAUCCGUCCAGGGUCACCACGACAACGAGGUGUCCUGUAUGCAAACCAGCCCGGAAACCACAGAGAUGUCAACACCUUGCAAGGAAGAGAGGAGGGAGACGACGGCACACGGCAGACCGUACUCCUCCUGCUCCUCUGCCGUGGGGCGGCAGCAGGACGCGGUGGCGCUGCUGCUGGAGGAGGCACAGGAGCAGCUCAGAGUUCUGGCACUCGCCCACAGGAAGCAGGAGGAGGCCGGCGUCAUCGGGAGCGGACAGGCAGCCGCGCCGCCAGAGGCUCGGGAAACCGUUUGUUUCCUGAACCUUACUGGAGGAAACACUGGGGGACUCGGCUCCAGUGGACCCACGCAGACCCAGCUGCUCACCCUGAGUCUAUCGCACAGAGACUUGGUCCAAAACGGCCAAUGAGAAGACUCGAUGCAGGACAUGCACUUUUUUGGUUUUGACACUGUCGGCAGAUCCCGGUGUUCUGUAUCUGUAAGAUGUGAAUGGAAAAUGUCAAUUAAAAAAAAAGAAAAAAAAAGUAUACAUCUUGGGAAAUCCGAAUGAUAUGCAUACUGUACGGAUACAAACACUCUGAGCGGCCUCCUUUCCACAGACUGUACGGAGAAGAGAAAAAAAAAAUAUCUAUGUGCAUUCAUCUACAAAACAAGACAAACACUUCUACUUAGACAAAAAGGAACCAAAUAGUCUGUCAAAUCCAUGAUGUUUUUAAACUGUAAAAAGAAUAUAUAAAUAUAUAUAUAUAUAAAUAUAAAUAUAUAUGAAAAUAAAUAUAUGGAUUAUAAAAAGUGACCAAGUACAAAGCUGAAGAUCACAGGAAUGACGUUACUAUUUUGGUUGAAUCUUUAUUUGUCCCCUGUUUUUGUAUCGAUUCACACAUUUGGUAACAAACAGCUUCAUCAGUGACCCCGCCGCACGUCCAAGAGCCACAAGCCGGAUCCAGACAGUCCGCGCAAAGUCAAACGUCACCAUCGAAGGUGGAAUUUCCUCUAGGAUUUCACCCCCUUGCCUUUUGAAAACUGUGACCCAGCCAAGAAUUACAUUACUGCCCUCUGUGGUUAUCAACCGCUCUGAGGAUUUUUUUUUUUUUUGGCACAAGACAAAACUCCCCUAGCUGCGUGCGUUCGCGAAGGGAAACAAGCACAGAGCAGAGGAGUAAAACUUCUGUAGCCAGUCGGCUUCCUGAGGGCAGGUUAUAACUUACGCUUCUGUUGUCAGUUUUUGUUACAAAGGAUAUUUUCACACAGAUGCACACACACCCACUUUACUUGUGCAUUAUUUCUUUGUUGGCUGGGUGUUUGCAAUGACAGUACUGCAGGUUUAAGACGGACAGAACACAGGAGGGUAAUCUGAUAUUUUUUUAGUUUGUCGUCCAUUUUUCGUUACUAAUGAACAAUGCUGCUUUUCUGGGGUUGAUGGUGGGGAGAACAAUGUCAUUUUGGUAUUGAAACAUGAAAUAAAUGUCUCUAUGUUGUAUCCUAAUGUAUGAAUUGGACGCAUUUGAAUUUCUGUAUGAAGUCACAGCCCGAUGUUUCUGGUGUCAAAAAAAAAAAAACAUGGUUGCAGUUCUGGUAAAGAUUUUUUAAAAUAUCA